AUGGCCUUGGCCCAGCGGCAAGUGGCGGUGCAGGAAGGGCCCCUCUACCGCACGGAGGGGUCCCACAUCACGCUGUGGUGCAAGGUGAGCGGCUACCAGGGCCCGGCGGAGCAGAACUUCCAGUGGUCCAUCUACCUGCCUUCGGCCCCUGAGCGGGAGGUGCAGAUCGUCAGCACCAUCGACCCCUCCUUCCCCUACGCCAUCUACACCCAGCGCGUGCACAGCCGGGGGAUCUACGUGGAGCGGGUGCAGGGGGACGCUGUCCUGCUGCACAUCACUGAGCUGCAGGACCGGGACGCCGGGGAGUACGAGUGCCACACACCCAACACCGACGAGAGGUACUUUGGGAGUUACAGCGCCAAGAUGAACCUUGUGGUGAUCCCCGACUCACUGCGAGUGACGGCAGUCCCGCAGACACUGAACAAAGUGGAGCGCGACUCCCUGGAGCUGAAGUGUGAGGUGUCCAAGAGCACAGUCCAGCACAGCCACGUCUCCAUUGCCUGGUACCGUCAGCGAGGCAGUGAGGUGCCCGUGGAGGUCAUCUCCCUCAGCCGUGACUUUGUCCUGCGGGCCGGCAGCGCCUAUGCCCAGCGGCAAGCCACAGGGGACGUUCGUUUGGACAAAGUUGGGGAGACCACCGCAAAGCUCACCAUUUACAACCUCCACCCAUCAGAUCAGGGAGAGUUUUACUGCGAGGCAGCAGAGUGGAUUCAGGACCCGGACAAGUCCUGGUAUGCCAUGACCCGCAAGCGUUCCCAGGGUGCUGUUGUCAACGUGCAAGCCACCGAUAAGGAGUUCAGUGUUCGGCUGGAGACUGAGAAGCGGACAUACAUCGUGGGUGAGCCAGUGGAGUUUCGGUGCAUCCUGGAGGCACAGAACAUCCCUGACCGCUACUUCUCCAUCUCCUGGGCCUUCAACAGCUCCCUUAUCGCCAGCCUAGGACCCAAUGCUGUGCCGGUGCUCAACAACGAGUUUGCCCAGCGCGAGGCCUUGGGCCAGCUCAAGGUAGCCAAAGAAAGUGACAACGUUUUUGUGCUGAAGAUCUACCGCCUCCGCCUUGAGGACAGUGGCAAGUACAACUGCCGGGUGACUGAGCGGGAGAAGACUGUGACGGGGGACUUCAUCGACAAAGAGAGCAAGCGGCCAAAGAACAUCCCCAUCACUGUCCUGCCACUCAAGACCAGCAUCUCCUUGGAGAUUAUCAACAACGCCAGCAAUGUCUUGGAGGGGGAGAGCCUGCGCUUUGGCUGCAAUGUGCGCUCGGGCUUUGGGCCCCAAAGCCGCCUCUCUGUCGCCUGGCAGCUGGUGGACAAGCUGAACCGGCGCAGUGAAAUUGUGCGUCUGGAUCGGGAGGGCACCCUGCAGCCGGGCCCCUCGUACGCUGAGCGCAGCAGCUACGGGGGCAUCCAGGUGGAGCAGGUCCGGCCCGGCUCCUUCACCCUGGAGAUCUUCAACAGCAUCAAGGCGGACGAGGGCCACUACGAGUGCCGGGUGGCCGAGUGGACGCAGACGCUGGAUGGGGAGUGGCAGAUGGUUGGGGAGCGGCAUGCGGGCACCCCGGUGUCCAUCACUGCUCUGGAGGCCGGCUUUGCAGUCACAGCUAUCUCCCGCACACCCGGGGUGACCUACAACGAGUCCUUUGACCUCCAGUGCAUCAUCAAGCCCCACUACCCAUCGUGGGUACCAGUGUCGGUGACGUGGCGUUUCCAGCCGGCAGGCAGCACUGAGUUUCACGACCUGGUCACCUUCACGCGCGACGGCGGGGUCCAGUGGGGUGACAGGUACGUGAGUUUCCGGACCCGCACUGCCAUCGAGAAGGCCGAGUCCAGCAACAAUGUGCGCCUGAGCAUCAGCAGGGCGAGCGACACGGAGGCUGGCAAGUACCAGUGCGUGGCUGAGCUCUGGAGGAAGAACUACAACAGCAGCUGGACACGGCUGGCGGACAGGACCUCCAACCUGCUGGAAAUCAGGGUCCUGCGGCCAGUGACCAAGCUGCAGGUGAGCAAGUCGAAGCGGAGCAUCACUCUGGUGGAGAACCGCCCUAUCCCCCUCAACUGCUCAGUGAAAUCCCAGACAAGCCCUGACUCGCACUUCGCUGUGCUGUGGUAUGUCCACAAGCCCUCCGACGCCGACGGCAAGCUCAUCCUGAAGACCACCCACAGUUCAGCCUUCGAGUACGGCACCUACGCGGAGGAGGAGGGGCUGCGGGGCCGGCUGCAAUUUGAGCGCUCGGCAUCAGGGGGGCUCUUCAGCCUGACGGUCCAGCGGGCAGAGGUCCGAGACAGCGGCAGCUACUACUGCCACGUGGAGGAGUGGCUGCUCAGCCCCAACCACGCCUGGUACAAGCUGGCGGAGGAGGUGUCGGGACGGACAGAGGUCACCGUCAAGCAGCCAGAUAACCGCCUGCAGGUGAACCAGACUCAGAAGAACAUCACGGUGCUGGAGAACCAGUGGGUGACCCUGGAGUGCCUGGUCAACAGCCGGACCAGCCCCUCGUCCCAGCUCUCAGUGGAGUGGUACGUCUGGCGGCCAGGCCACCCGGAGAAGGAGGCGGUGGCCCAGCUGAGCCGGCAGAACACCCUGCGCUAUGGUGACCUGGUGGCACUGGGCGACCUGCGAAGCCGGCUGCACCUAGAGAGCCCGUCCCCGGGUCUCUACCUUCUCUCCAUCCAAAAUGCCACUGUGCGGGACAGUGGGGCCUAUGACUGCCGUGUGGAAGAGUGGCUCCUCGACCCCAGCGACCGCUGGUACAAGCGGGCAGAGGACCUCUCUGGACUCAUCACCCUCACCGUCAAGCAGCCAGAUCCCACCUUGCAGGUGGACACGUCCACUGCCAACCUCACGGUGCAGGAGAAGGAGUCCUUCCCGCUGGACUGCAGCAUCCUGUCCCGCUCCAGCCCAGAGUCCCACUUUGCGGUGACGUGGUACAACCUGCGGGCCAAAGAGGCGGGCGGCCACGCGGAGGAGGACAACGAGGAGGAGGAGGAGAGGGAAGCGGUGCUGAGCGUGGGCCUCGAUGCCAUCUUCAGCCCCGAGGCCGGUCGCUGGGAGGGCCGCCUGCGCUUCCAGAGGCUCUCAGCGGUGCUCUUCCGUCUGACAGUGCUGCAGGCCGGUGGCGCCGACACAGGCAACUACUCGUGCCGUGUGGAGGAGUGGCUGGCAGACCCCAAUGGUGUGUGGUACCGGCUGGCGGAGGAGGAGUCGGGGACGGUCGCCGUUCACGUGCAGGAUGCAGGCUCCACCCUGCAGUCUGUCAUCUGCUCCAACGAUGCCCUCUUCUACUUCGUGUUCUUCUACCCCUUCCCUAUCUUCGGCAUCUUGAUCAUCACCAUCCUCCUGGUGCGGUUCAAGAGCCGAAACUCCAGCAAGAACUCAGAGGGCAAGAACGGGGUCCCCUUGCUGUGGAUCAAAGAGCCUCACCUCAACUACUCUCCCACUUGCCUAGAGCCGCCAGUCCUCAGCAUCCACCCAGGAACCAUAGACUAA